AUGUCGAUGCACGGCACGUGGAGUCGUGGACACGCACCAAAGAAGAUAUCCAGACGCCCCGCGCUCCCGGCUCGGCUCCAGAUCAACAUCAACUCGGGUUGGCUGUUAAGCGAAGAGACGGUCGGCUCGCCUUCCAGAAAAAGCGCGGUACCGGUACCGGUACUGGUGGCACAUAGUCCUCGACGGAAAAUCUCCAUCGGCAACGGCUAUGGCGUGGUGGACGGGACGGGACGGGCUGGCCGCCGGCUGCGGCGAGGAGCAGGUUCAUGCAUGGUCUGCCCCGGCGAGAUGACCAGCGUCCGUGAAUGUGUGAUUGUCACUGCAAAGAACAAUGUUAGAGAUUACCUAUGGUUGGGCCUUUCGUCUUCUCCAUUCCUCCUCCUCCACUGUGUUCACCUUCUUCCUGGAGAAUUCAUGUGCUUGUAA